AGGGGAAGCUUUUAGCACCGAGGCUGGGGCUGGAGGGGAGGAGGAGUCGCUGGCACAGAUGCCCUGCCCUUCCCAGGGAGCUCCUCCGAGGGGCUUGCAAUGAGUGUGUGUCCUAGUGCCGAGCACACAGAGCCCCACAAGAGGACCCAGCGUCUAAGAGCUGGUGUAUUUCGAGUUCGCAUGCAAACACAUGGAGCAUUUAUUCACAAACAUUCAGAGUUGCCCUGCACACUAGGCUCUGUGCCAGGUGCCAAGGGCCGGGACUCAUGUGAUCUCAUGGAAUUGCCAUUGGUGGGGACAGAGAAGCCAAGCAGCCCCAUGGUGCAGGGCCCAGAGUAGGCGAGCUGCAGGCUGCAUGAGCACAGAUGAGGAACAGCUCAUCUCCUCUCAGGAAAGGAGGGAAAAAAUCAGGGAGGCUUCCUGGAGGAGGUGGCAUCCAAGCUGAACUCUGAGGAAUGCCUCAGCUUCAUGAAGGAACAGCACAAGCCUCCCGCAGCAAGGGCCUAACCAACAUUCAGGCCAGUCAAUCACGGAUGCAGGGCCUCUCCUGGAGGCCUCUUUGGCCGAAGGGGGUUGGGGUUAAGCCCAGGCACAGCCGGAGCUCCCUGGAGGACUUACUGAGACCAUCAGAAGGCAGCGCUCCUCUGUCUACCUUUCUCCCAUAUAAAUUGUGCACCACCGCCUGCUGGAACCCAAAGAAGAAAAACAGGAUUACACUGAUGUCCCAUAAUCGCCAUGGAAGAAAGACAGAAAUUAUCACCUUUGAUCUCACAACUGAGAGGACUGGAGGCCAAACAGUCGUCCAAGCAUAUGAGAUCUCAAGUUUCCAGUUGCCACCUCGUCUGGAGCACCCUACCUGGAUAGGAGCCAGUGAUGGAUAUUUGAUUGUCUUUCCCAGUGGGCCAGACUUGCUCCUAUUCAGCAUCACUGGCUUCCUGCUGCAACAAUUUCAGGACCACCAGACAGCCAUCAGCAACUUCUGGGUGGAUCCUCUCUAUGUGCUCACCACGUCUGCUGACUCUGUGCACCUCUACAUGUGGGAAGAGGGAGGCUGCCCUCCAUACCUCAGGAGCUGCUGUCACUUGGACAAUACAUGGCGUGAUCACAUAUCACAUCGGUUUAUCUCCUGUGUGAUGUGUGACAAUGCAAGCAUAGUACUUAAGGCGACAAAUAUAAGUGAAUCCAGCAUUCUGGUGAUGUAUUCUCUGAAUAUGUAAUAUGGAAACUAACAAAAUUGACUUUGCAUCAUCUCCUGUAAUAUAGUAAAGAGAAUUCUGUUUGCAAAAAAAAAAAAGGAGGACUCAGCCCAU